GUUAGCUCAGUACCAACGCCCUCCGAGCUGCUCUGACUGUCAGAGCUGCACGACAGUCAGACGGCCGAGUGCUGCGAGGAGGAACAAACAACCAGCUCAUUUUGACACAGCUUGGAAGCUCUCGAGAUGUACCAACUUGCCUUGGUAGCACUUGCGGUUCUGCUCUGCUCCUCACACUCAGUGACAGGAGGGAAAGUCUUGUUGUUUCCUGUGGACGGAAGCCACUGGAUCAAUAUGAAAGUCCUUGUUGAGGAACUUCACUCCAGAGGCCAUGAGAUCACAAUGUUGAGACCUUCAGACAGCUGGUACAUCAAGACAGAGUCACCUUACUACAAGUCCAUCAAUCUAAAUUCUUCUGCUGGAUUUGAUGAGAAACAAUUUGGGUCAUUUGUAACGACUAUGGUCCAAAUGCGUAGGGACGGGGCUUCAGUUUGGGCUCGUUUGUCUUUGGAGUAUGAAUUGGUGGAAUGGUUCUAUCAGAUGUUUAAGCAGAGUGUUUUGAUGACGAGAGACAUCUUUGAGAACGACAAACUGAUGAAGAGCCUUCGGGGUGCCAAAUAUGAUUUGGUUUUGACAGACCCUUUCUUUGGUGCAGGGGUGCUUUUAAGUCACUGUUUGGGUCUUCCACUUGUCUUGAAUGCUCGGUGGACUGUUCAAGGUGAGGGGCAUUUCACAAUUGCACCAUCACCACUCUCUUAUGUUCCAGUACCGGGAUCAGAGCUAACUGACAAGAUGACAUUCACCCAGAGGAUAAAGAACUUCAUGUUCUAUGUCUUUACAUGUUUACAAAUCUGGUAUGUCACAGAUCCAAACUACAUCCCAUUCGUCCAUCGUUACUUUGGAAAGGACGUACAUUACAUGGAGCUGUUUCAGGCAGCAGACAUCUGGCUGAUGAGGACUGAUUUUAUCUUUGAGUUCCCACGACCCACAAUGCCAAACAUCGUCUACAUGGCAGGAUUUCAAUGCAAACCCUCCAAACCCCUGUCUAAAGAACUAGAGGACUUUGUCCAGAGCUCAGGUGAACAUGGUGUCAUCAUUAUGACACUGGGAACCCUGGUGGAAAAACUUCCUGAGGACAUCACAGAGGACAUUGCUGCUGCCUUUGUCCAACUUCCUCAGAAGGUGAUCUGGAGGCACAAAGGCAAAAGACCAUCCACUCUUGGCAACAACACCUUAAUGUUGGACUGGCUGCCUCAAAAUGAUCUCCUGGGUCAUCCAAAGACCAGACUGUUUGUGGCCCAUGGAGGCACCAAUGGACUACAAGAGGCCAUUUACCAUGGUGUUCCUCUUGUUGGCCUGCCUCUCAUGUUUGACCAGCAAGAAAAUUUCUUCAAGAUGAGAGCAAGGGGGGUUGCCAAAGUUCUGGACAUUGCAACUGUGAACAAGGAUAACUUCCUGGAGGCUCUUAAGGAGGUACUCCAUGAUCGCUCCUACAGCGAGAAGAUGAAGACAAUGUCUAACCUGCACAGGGAUCAGCCCUUGAAACCCCUGGACCGUGCCAUGUUCUGGAUUGAGUUUGUCAUGAGGCAUAAUGGAGCGCGGCACCUGAGGACAGAGUCCUACAAGAUGUCCAAGAUCCAGUACUAUUCAAUUGAUGUAAUGGGGUUUCUGAUUGGAGUUUUGCUGCUAGUAUUAACUCUUAUUAUUUCUGCACUAAAGUUUUUGUGGCGGAGAUUGUUUUGUAGACGCAAAGUCAAAAAGCAAUGAUUAAUUUGCUGCACCACAGUUGCUUAUAGAUCCUAAAAAUAACAUUAGGAAACUAUCACUAUGUCUAGGCUGAUUAUCAAAGCGUCUAAUGCUUUGGGUGAUUAUGUGAUUUUGUGUUUUUUAAUGUUAUUCCUGAAGUGUUGGCUUGUCAAGCAAUGAUUGAGAACAACUUGUAAAUAAAAUCUCAAGAAUAAA